GAGCGGGAGCUGAGAGGAGGCGGAGAUGGCGUCCCAGCCGCCGCCUCCCCCGAAGCCCUGGGAGACCCGCCGGAUUCCGGGGACCGGGCCGGGACCAGGACCCGGCCCCACUUUCCAAUCUGCUGAUUUGGGUCCUACUUUAUUGACAAGACCUGGACAACCAACACUUACCAGAGUGCCACCACCCAUUCUUCCAAGGCCAUCACAGCAGACAGGAAGCAGCAAUUUGAACACUUUCAGACCUGCUUACAGUUCAUUUUCUUCUGGAUAUGGUGCCUAUGGAAAUUCAUUUUAUGGAAGCUAUAGCCCUUAUAGUUAUGGAUAUAACGGGCUGGGCUAUAACCGCCUUCGUAUAGAUGAUCUUCCACCUAGUAGAUUCGUUCAGCAAGCUGAAGAAAGCAGCAGAGGUGCAUUUCAGUCCAUUGAAAGCAUUGUGCAUGCAUUUGCCUCUGUCAGCAUGAUGAUGGAUGCUACUUUUUCAGCUGUCUAUAACAGUUUCAGGGCUGUAUUGGAUGUGGCAAACCACUUUUCCCGAUUAAAAAUACACUUCACAAAGGUUUUUUCAGCUUUUGCAUUAGUUAGGACUAUAAGAUAUCUUUAUAGACGGUUACAGUGGAUGAUAGGUUUAAGAAGAGGCUUGGAGAAUGAGGACCUAUGGGCAGAAAGUGAAGGAACUGUGGCUUGUCUUGGUGCUGAGGACAGAGCAGCUAACUCAGCAAAAUCUUGGCCAAUAUUCUUAUUCUUUGCCGUUAUCCUUGGUGGUCCUUACCUCAUCUGGAAACUGCUAUCUACUCACAGUGAUGAAGUAACAGACAAUACCAACUGGGCAAGUGGUGAGGAUGACCAUGUAGUUGCUAGAGCAGAAUAUGAUUUUGUUGCUGUAUCUGAAGAAGAAAUUUCUUUCCGUGCUGGUGAUAUGCUGAACUUAGCUCUCAAAGAGCAACAACCCAGAGUGCGUGGUUGGCUUCUGGCCAGUCUUGAUGGUCAAACAACAGGACUUAUACCUGCUAAUUAUGUCAAAAUUCUUGGUAAAAGAAGAGGUAGAAAAACAGUGGAAUCCAGUAAAAUUUCUAAGCAGCAACAGUCUUUUACCAACACAACACUAAUUAAAGGAGCCACAGCUGCUGAUUCUUUGGAUGACCAGGAAGCUGCCUUUGAAUCUGUUUUUGUUGAAACUAGUAAGGUUCCAGUUGCAUCUGAUUCCACUGGGAAAAAUGGAGAUAAACAAGAUCUUUGAUAACUUUCAUUGUUUGCCUGAAGUUGAACUAUAGAGUACUUUUUAAAAAUUUCUUCUUAUAAAGAAAUUAACCUACAAUCCAAUGAAAACAUUUGUUAAUGACUAUUUAAGAUGUUUUGCUGCUAGAAGUUAUUAAAGUUGUACACUAGUAUGUUGGUCUAGUGACCUGGUUAUGUUUUACGAGUUAUUGGACCAUGAGGAUAUUUGUUUAGCCUAGAUUAUAAGAUUAUGGAGACUAUCAUUUUCAUCUUAUUUGAAACCCUGUGUUUCUCCUGAAGGAGUAAGAUUGAUGAACUGUAGAAACAGUUUGCUAUAGUAGGGAUCACUAAUACAUUUUAAAAUUCUAGUUUAAUUGACUUGGAAUCCUCAGGAAUUGAGUGACUGCAUGAGAACAGGCUAAUUUUUCUACAACUUUAAAUAAACUGAAUAAUAAAAAUUUUCUGAUGUGUAUUACAUCCAGUAUUGGGUUUGCUUUAGACAGUAGUAAAGUGUUUUCACCCAACAACAAUUAAUGCUAUUAUGUUUUAUUGUAUUUUUGAAAAUUCUGUCUUAGAAAGGUUUCUAAAAGCAUUGUGAAGGAAAUGGUUCCAGGGUGAUAGUUAGCCUGAAUAGUUUUCCUUGCUAGUAAAAAGGCUAUAAUUUAUCUUUCUUACAGAUUGCUUCCUUUUCUUCAGAGGGUCAUAUGACUUUUUAUAUGUAUGACUAGUUUUCAUCCUAGGUGAAUUAGAAUUCUUAAUC